AGGUAGGGGUUGGGGAAGAAAACAUGAAGAGAGGAAACACGACAGACUCCUGAGCAAUCAGGGCUGGGCAGCGGAACAGUGCUUACCUGGAGCCACCGGAACCCUGGGCACAAUGCUCUUGCCCUCUAAGAAGGACCUCAAGACUGCUCUGGAGGUCUUUGCUGUUUUCCAGUGGGCCCUCAGUGCCUUUCUUAUUGUAACAACUUUGAUCGUUGUCAACCUCUACCUGGUGGUAUUCACACAAUACUGGCUUGUCACUGUGCUUAUUCUCACCUGGCUGGCUUUUGACUGGAAGACCCCCGAGCGAGGUGGCCGCCGGUUUAACUGUGUGAGGAACUGGUGCCUGUGGAAACACUACUGCGAUUACUUCCCUCUCAAGCUUCUGAAGACUCAUGACAUCUCCCCCAACCGCAACUACAUCCUUGUCUGCCACCCUCAUGGGAUCUUGGCCCAUACAUGGUUUGGCCACUUUUCCUCAGAAGGCUCCGGCUUCUCGAAGACGUUUCCUGGCAUCACCCCUUACAUACUCACACUGGGAGCCUUUUUCUGGAUGCCUUUCUUCAGAGACUAUCUAAUGGCUACAGGGGCCUGCUCUGUGAGUGAAUCCUCCAUGGACUUUCUGCUGACUCAUAAAGGCACAGGCAACAUGCUCGUUGUGGUGGUUGGUGGCCUGGCUGAGUGCAGAUACAGCCUGCCAGGCUCUUCCACCCUGUUCUUGAAGAACCGGUCUGGCUUUGUGCGCAUAGCACUUCAGCAUGGGGUGGCUCUAAUACCUACGUAUGCGUUUGGAGAGACAGACCUCUAUGAUCAGCACAUUUUCACUCCUGGGGGCUUUGUCAACCGCUUCCAGAUGUGGUUCCGGAGUAUGGUACACGUCUACCCUUGUGCUUUCUACGGUCGUGGCUUCACCAAGAACUCUCGGGGCCUUUUGCCCUAUGCACUGCCUGUAACCACCAUCGUCGGGGAGCCUCUACAAAUGCCCAAGAUUGAGAAUCCAAGCCGGGAGAUUGUGGCUAAAUAUCAUGCACUUUAUAUUGAAGCCUUAUGUAAACUGUUCGACCAGCAUAAGACCAAGUUUGGCUUCUCAGAGACCCAGGAGCUGGCGAUAAUUUGACACACAUCCCCAGCAGCCUUCAGCCUGGUGGGAAGGUAUGGACCCAGUGAGAACAGGAGAACAAAAGUCACCUGUGGGGCCCCCGCUCCUGAUUUGACCAGUCCUGGCUGUUCAUUUGCUUGUUUCCUGCACUCCUUUUCCCACUUCAUUUCUUUUUCCUUCCAGCUCUUCUCUGCCCUUUUCUUGCAGCUACAGGAGAGAUAGUCCCAAGAAACAGGGAAGAGCCUAGGGCAGAGGUGCCCAGAAGGCACUUUGGCACCAGCAUUGAGGGAAACAACGGACAAAAUAAAAAUCCCAUCUUCUGAUAUGCCGU